CCUCGCAGCCUUGCCUUAUUCCGAGUUUUAGCUACUCGUUUAUACGUCUUUUGCAUUUAUUUCCUCAGUAAUAAUGCCCGCACAGAACCCUAACGAAGCCAUAAGGCCAGACUUCACGACUCAAGAGCACGAAAAUGCGCGUCAGAAGCUCAUUGACGAAGGUUUCAACGCAGACCAAGCAGCUCGCUCACUCUCAGCCCUUUGGACCCUGACCAACAACGCUGACAAAGAACGUUGGGCUCUCGAACAACGGCACCGGCACGAGGCUGAACAGAGAGAAGAGGAGGAGCAGGAAGAACGCAGGCAACUAAUCAAAGACGAACAAGAGGCCGCCCGCCUAGAAGAUAGAAAGAAAAACAAAAACAAAUAUGCACCUCUAGUACGAGGGAAGGUACCUUCUGACCCAACAAUCAUCCCCGCACAGUACGCUCUAAGGAAAAUGAAAGCGGGAGAUUAUUGCGAGUUGCACUACUUCACCAACAAGGGUCUAGAAGACGCCAAAGUUUCGAACCUCUUAGCAGAACCGGAGGCCUUAGUGAUGCUACCAGCCGCAGAUGGGCUACACUCAUGGGUCCCUGCUGCUGCGGUCAAGGAUCCAAAAUCUGCCCCCAUUGUCAAAGACGAAAAUCUCUCGUGGGAGAAUUUCAACAAGGCAGCACCGCGCAUGAUCGCUUCAAUGAAACUACAUGACUGGCCCGACGAUCGAGUCGACAUGCAUAUUCAAUUCUGGUGCGCACUCCAAUCGCACCGCUGGCGUCAUGCCCCAGAUACGCUCAAACAAAGAGCGCUGCUACUCUACCAAUCGCAACAACGUUGUCGCUGGCACAUGACUAUCGGUAUGGCCCAGAGCUGGAGUCUAGAAGAGCUCAAUCAAGAUCUCAUCCUCGAAGCUCGAGAAGAGCUUUUCAACGAGAAGAGAGAUAAAGAUACAGCGUUAGCAAUCCAACAAGCAGCAGCUACUUUUGUAGCCAGCAACCAGCACCUCUCACGGAUGCCAUCGCAGCAGGUCGCGACAUCACAGAAGUGCCCGUACCCCCCUGCGGAAGAAACCUCAUAUAGCAACAAGAAGGUACGACAGCCUCGUCCUCUUGCUGCUGCAGGUACAUUACCUUGUUGCACAGUAUGCUUGGGAAGGAACCCUCAUCGUACCGUGGAAUGCGCCGCCUCUCGCACGUGGGACAACCAAUAUGAGACAUUUGCCGAGCGCAUCCGCAAAGGUCUUUGGACCAAAGACGGAAAACAAAUCUGUACAGGCUGGCAACGCGAAGAAGGUUGCACCACCCCCAAACACGACGCACGUCACGUAUGUUCAGGAUGCGGAGCAGCCACCCACGGCGCUCAAAGAUGCCCUAGAGCUCAGAAAGCUGAGACCAUUGACACCGUACAAAGUUGAUGCUUGGAAACGAGAACUUCGAAGAGCCAGUUUACUUGACUGCUUCGCUAAGAUACCAGAAGGACUUCUUUUAGGUUUCAAAAUAGAUUUUCCUUCUAUCAGAACUGUACAAGCACCUCCAAAUAGAG